AUCGAAUAUUUACUGUAUCGAGCACUGACGUCGAAAAUAUGUCGACAUGACGCAUAUAUGCAGGCGCUAUAAAUUCAGGAGAAAUCAUAUCAUCAAGCUAUUGGCACCCGUCACCUUUACACACUCACAACCACCACAGUAACCAUCAGCUAAAGCCAUGUCCGCUAGAAACAUUGACAUCGACCAGAAUGUCGACGACCUCACCUAUAACCCCAAGGGUGAUUACGUGGCCGAUAGCGCUGCUUACAACCCCAAUGAUGAUCCCGAAGACGUCCCCGUAGCCGCACGCGGUGCAGGUAACCAACCGUCAUAUGUCAAUGCCGGGAAGGAGGACCAGGAAGCUGCACGAUCCGAGGCGACGGGUAGAGUCUCGAAAGGGGAAGUGCAGGAGCUGAUGCAGGACACUACAAAGGAUGAGAAGAAGAAAUCUGGCACGCGUGGCAAAAAAAUAAAUGCUUACAAGCAAGAGCAGGACAUGGAUAGAGCCUUUGAGGAGACGGGCACGGACCCAGCUGAACAAGAUGUUGAGAUCAGAGCUGCAGUCGGUAGGCGCUGAAGCCCAAUUUGGUGUGCAAUGCAAGUGACUCUGGAUGUAUUUUUAAUUCUUGUUCUGUAUCGAUAUUGAUAGUUCGAGGAUAGUGUCCUAAUAUUUGAUUCCAAGCUGAGAACAAUGAUACCGAUGAUACCCUUGUAAAUGUGAUAUUGGAGAAAGUUCAGCGAUACCCUAGUUGACAUUGGCUAAUUUGAAUGAAUGUAUUUGUAUGUAUGUCAGACAGCUGCUGGUUUAAGGAGAAGCCUUCGGUCUGUAAAUUGUGUUGAACUCGCAUUACAGAAACAUCUGAGUAGCUUUAGACUCUGCAGACGGUAUUACUUUGCACAACAUCUGAAUAGCAGCAAUAUCCUACAAGAUGACUCUAAACCGGUUUUACGCAUUUCCUUUGGAAGCAAUCAUGAGAGUGGGAGAAAAAGGCCCUCGACAAAAAAAGAUGCCAGA